UCCAACAGAAGCCUUCCCACCAGGACAGCGGUGAAGCAUCCGAUUGUGCAGUCAUGCUGUGGCUGGCAUGGUUGUAUCUCCUCUAUCUACAGAGUGGAGCUCUUGGUUUUGGUGUAAACCCAUUUCCUGGAGACUCUUUUAAUCAUCAAACAAUCACCGAAAGAGCACUCCUGAAUGUUACAGCUCAGGUCUGCCGAGCUCUGGCUCUGGCUGAAGGGAGGGACUUCACUUUUCCUGCCCAACCUUUCACUGCCAAGUCCAUUGCUAAGGCAUGUGACGCUCCAAAAUCCUACAAAUUCUUCCUUCCUAACAUCUUAUUCAUCCAAAGCAUGAAUGCGGCCACAGAUUUACGACGACUCCUUGAUGCCCGUUACCACUGUGAUGAUGAGCUUUUCAUAGAAGGACAGAGGCUCAUCACAGAUGGUUUGUUAGCAGUAAAGGCUGCAAACAAGAGGCAAAAUUAUUUGACAGCAAGGUUUAACCUGGGAGGGAUACUCCACACCUUACAGGAUUUCUACAGUCACAGCAACUGGGUUGAAUUAGGAAACAAAUUUCCAAACAUAAAUAUGAUCAGAAAGAACGCCAACAUUGGAAAUAUUGCAGCCAAAACCAUUGCAACCUGUCGUAGCUGUAAUGGGGACGACUGCAGCAAGAACAUUUUGGAGGAUAUAAUAGCAGGAAAUUUUUUGACAUCUGGAUACUUUGUUGUUUGGCCUUGGUCUGGGAACAAACCGAAAGGAAAGUGCAGCCAUGGGGGUUUCUUUGAUGCAACAAGUUCAGUUGAGCCUAAAGGUGGGAUCAACAAAGAUUCUUACACCUCCAGCCAUGGACAUCUUCACAGGGAAGCAGCAGAGCUGGCAAUAUCUGCAACCAGUCAGCUUCUGGAGGACAUUCGAGGAGCUACUGGGGACAGAGAAUUCCUUCAGUUGAUGGGAAUCUCAAAGGGAUCAAGUAAGGCUCUGUGUUUUGUGGUGGACACAACUGGAAGUAUGGGUGACGACAUUGCAGCAGUACGGAAUGUCACUUCAACUAUAAUUGAUAGUAAGGUUGGAACAGAGGAUGAGCCUUCACUCUACAUUCUUGUACCUUUCAACGAUCCAGAUUUCGGGCCUUUGAUGAAGACUACAGACGCCGAGGUUUUCAAAGGUUAUAUCAAUUCCUUAAGAGCAUACGAAGGUGGAGAUACUCCAGAAAUGAGUCUUUCAGGACUUCAGCUGGCUCUAACUGGCUCUCCUCCUAAUUCUGAGAUCUUCCUCUUCACUGAUGCCCCUGCCAAAGAUGAAUAUCUGAAGAACACCGUGAUUGCACUGAUAGAGCAGAGCAAGACAGUUGUGAACUUCAUGAUAACCAACAUACUAGGGUUCCGCCGUCGCAGAGAAGCUAAUGAAAACCAACAGCAACAGCAGAACCAGCGGAUGGUGAGGUCAGACUCUCAGCUGUACAGAGAUCUGGCUCAGGCUUCAGGAGGACAAGCUAUUCAAGUUUCCAAAAAUCAGCUGCUGCAGGCUACCAGCAUAAUCACAGAGUCCACAAGCUCUUCUCUGGUGACCCUUCUGCAAGCAAGCAGGAAUUUGGGGAGAGCGGAAAAUUACACUUUCCAUGUGGAUGAGACAUUAACUAAUCUGAUCAUUUACAUCACUGGAAGUUCUGUUGACUACACGCUUGUCAAUCCUUCAGGUGAGCUUCAUAAUAGCACCUUCACAGGGCAGUCAAUCAUCACAGCUGAGUUGGUGGGAAACUUACGGACUCUGCGGUUGCCGGCCCAAGUUGGAUUGUGGGAAUUGAGACUAACGUCAACAAAUCCCUAUACCCUGAGGGUUGUAGGUCAGAGUCCUAUUGAUUUCAUUUUUAGAUUCAUUAAGCAAUCUGAGGGCCCCUUAGAAGGAUUUGACCUCGUGGAAAAUCGUCCCACCACAGGCAGUAACACUAGUUUGCAGGUUGUUCUACUUGAGGCUGACAUCUCCACUGUGACAGAAGUCACUUUGGUUGAAUCCUCAGGGUCAGGGAAGGUUAAUGGUCUUGUGGAGGCUCAGGGGGGAGGACAAUACUUAGUCCAUUUUGACAAGAUACCAUCAGUUGAGUUUGUGGUAUUAGUGAGGGGGCAGAGCACCAACAGUACAGCCUCUAGAGCAUCCUCAAUGACAUUCCAGAGGCAGUCUUCAACCAGCCUCAGAGCUUCUUCUGUAUCUGUUACUUUGUCUGAUACAGGAAGUGUCUUAGAGCCUGGAACUCCACUCCUCAUUCCCUUUUCUGUGACGACCACAGGCGAAGGAGGAAACUUUGUCAUCAAAGCUACCAAUGACCAAGGUUUUGAUUUAACCUACCCAUCCAGUUUAACUCUGGAAAAUGGAGGUAGUGCCAAUGGAACAGCAAGUAUCACAGCACCUCUGGCCUCCCAGGCUGGUACUGGUGUCACACUGACCAUAGAAGCUGAAGCUCCAGGAGGUGCAGACGCCAACUAUGAUGUGCUGCGUCUCACUGUUCUUCCAAAGGUCCAUUUGAGAUAG